CGUCAACCUGGUCAAGGAUGCCCCCAACGAGGCUGAGUCGGUGCAAAAACUGGUCUCUAAUCGAAGGCACAUAUAAGGUUCCCGCCGUUUGUGCGAAAAAAAAAGCGGCCGCGCCUGGCGCCGCUGUCCCUUUUUCGGCAACUCCAGCGCGACCGUUUCGCCACACCGACGCGCCUGCACUUGAAGUGACAUGUAAACAGGGCUCUCCGCGAUCAUCGUUGUCGGGUAAGGUCCUGCCGCUAGACGCCAAGACCCCCGGGGACGAGCGCUUGGUGAUGGUUUACAGCGACAUCAAACCGCCAAACUUCCUCAUUGACCCUCCGACUUAUCGACCUUGGCGGUAUCAGCGCACCAGUGCCGCAUUCGCUCGUCAGCUUCAACACUACCAGAGAUACAUUCAUUACCCAGUUUUUGGGUUGGAGUCAAGUCCGAUAAAUCUUUGGCGAUGGAAGCGGCUACAGGGCUGUACUAUUGGCCAAAUCCGGACCGGGGCAAGAGGUUUGAAUGAUUCCCCAGUGCAGAACUUGAAGGUUACAUCUCGUCGAGUUCAUUCCGCAAGGGCGUAGACUUUUAAUCUAGUGCCGAUGGAUGCUGUCUCAGUCUUGGUCUGUAUACUUGUAAACAACACAAAUGGGUACUCACGCCGUGUCGGAAAGUAUGGAGGUUUCCUUCCUUCACUUCUGUAGCUUCAUCUCCGAUAACGCUGUUUAUGAUCGGAGCAUUCACAUGUCUAUUUUCUCGG